AUGGUUUCGAAAAGGGUGAAUGAUCUAGCGUUCUCCUCUACCAUAGUGCUACUAUUGGUUGGUUUUGCAAGCUCAGAUUUAGCCACAGACAGAGAAGAAUGUGCUGACAAACUAGUUGGGUUAGCUAGCUGUCUUCCUUACGUUGGUGGUGAAUCCAAUAACCCAACCAUAGACUGUUGCAGUGGCCUUAAAGUGGUGCUUGAUAAUAGCAAGAAAUGCAUCUGCAUCCUCAUCAAAGAUCGUGAUGACCCCAACCUUGGCUUCAAGAUCAAUGCCACUCUCGCUGUCCAAUUACCAUCCGCUUGCCAUUCACCUGUUAAUAUAACUAAGUGUGUUGAUCUUUUGCAUUUGGCACCUAACUCUCCUGAAGCAAAGGUGUUUGAGGGAUUUGAAAAAUCCACCAAAACAAACAGUUCCACCCCAGUUUCUAGUGGUGGUCCUGGGAAGGGAUCAAGCACAAGUGCUCAGGAAAAGAGCGAUGGUGGAUUAGGAAAGAGGUGGCUGGUUGCACAAGUGAUUUGUGGUAUUUUAUCAUUUCUUUUCAUUUCCCAUUUCUUCUUCCUGGUUUGA